GGCAUUAACUUCAAUUUUCUCUCCCGUUUUUGGCGCCAAACACUCGUCACCCCCCGCCAUGUGUGUUCUCUCGCUCUUCCACAUGGCAGGAAGAACUGGUGAGGCAUAGCUAGCUGCGAUGGAGGAGGAGAGAGAGAGAGAGAGGGAUGGUGAAGUUGUAUGUGGGGCAAGCGUGUGCUGCUUGGGUUUUGGAAAAAGCCCGCUCUGAUAGCCUGUGCCGAAUAAUGGGCCGCACUCGUCGAAUGUUCGUUUCGAAUAUGGCGUCUCUUCUGUGCCUCUUUGCCUUGCCACGCACCGCCAUCGCCCAUUGCUGCGCAUGCCUGUCCACCGACGCAGCUGCAGUAGCGAGCACGGUCUCGCCAGUAGAGUCAGUUGGUGAUCUGGAGCUGGCAGAGCAGGGUUUCCGCUGGAGAAGAGUCUCGGCACAGACCUGGCAGACACGUAGGAAAAUAUAGAAGCGAGCGCCGCUCUGCACUUC